AAUUUAAUUCCAAUGCUAUUACAACCCGGGCCUGACCGGGAUGUUUACGGAAACGAUAAAAAGUAGUGUUUUUCACGGAAAACACAGGAUAUUCUUACGUUCAGAGCGACCCCUAUAACACAAAAUGGUACCUUCCAGUAGAUCGUAUUUAGACAGCGAUAAGCACUAAGCGGAAUACUCAACAGAUGGUUCCUUCUCAGCGACUGGACAUAUAUAUCAUCUCACCAUACUGUAGCUCGCAGUCUGUGCUAUCCAUAUCUGUUACUAGUAUAUCACUCGGCCCUGGGAGUUACAAGAGGCAGAUAUGUCAGGAAUGGGCGUGUUCGUGUUGAUGAUUGUGGCGAUGUGCGCCACCUGGCGAGCAGCAGUGGGAGCUGCAUUCCACGCACCCCUACACAGUGAGACAACCAUGUACGGUUGGCGCCCCGUCACCACCCAGUACUGUGAGUGGCAGGGGAAGAAGAUGAUGGUCGAGAGCAGCUGGAAGACCACGAGCUGUGAGACGUGUUCGUGUGAAGAAAACGGUCUGUACUGUUACGGCGGCGGAGUGUACGCGGUCCCGUCCCACUGUAUGAUGCUGAUUGACGAGACUUGUCAUGCGCAUGUCGUGGACGCCGAACAUCCGUACUCCGAGUGCGAAUUCGGGAACGGCGCCAUCACCGGGUAACCGUUGUCAGGGCAACCUGCAACCUCGUUAGGACAACCUACAACCUGGCCAGGACAGCCUAUCUAC